AUGGCCACACCAUCGUGGUGGCUGCCGAGGAGCGCCAGCGCCAGAGCCGACGCACCAUCGCCGUUCAGCUCCAACCCUGUCUCCACGCCCACCACGCCCGCCGCCGCGUCGGCGUCCUCCUUCGGCUGCAUGACGGCCACGCCCACCGACACGCCGCCGGCCACCCCAAAGGACAGGACCAAGGCGGCGCCGGUGGCGGCGGCGUCGUACGCGUCACUGUGGUCGCCGAGGAGGCUAAUGCAGAGGGCCGCCCGCGCCUUCCGCAGCACAAGCAGGUCGCGCCGAAGGAUGAAGGAAGUCGGCGACGAGCCGACCUCGGUCACCAGCAAGGGCACCGACGCCGUGAGCGUGGUGUCCCUGGACGGCGAGCUCCCUGGCAACGAUGCCCCAGGCGGCGCAGUGGCGGCCAAUACGCAGGAGGAGCACCACCACCUUGAGGCCGUCCCGGAGAAGAUCAUACACGAGGCGAACCAUCAGGUACCGCCGGUCGUGGCGGCGGCGGAGGAGUGCGUGAAGUCCGCGGAGGGGAAGGAGACCGGCGCCGCUGAGGAGGAGGAGCCCAAGAAAGGAGCGGAGGCCGUUGCCGUCGCCGACGACGUGGCGGACAAGUUCAUGAUGGUGGUGAAGGAGGCGAUCAAAAAGCACGAGGAGCACGCGGAUCCGGACGAGAAGGAGGAGGCGUUGAGCAGGUUCCAGGGGAGCCGGGUGAAGACGGCCAUGGAGGCACGGCCGGAGUCGGAGAAACCGCGGCGCCGGGAGGUGGCGCGGAGCAACGACGUGAUCGAGGAGGCGCGCAGCAAGCUGCUGGAGAAGCGGCAGUGCAGCAGGGUCAGGGCGCUCGUCGGCGCGUUCGAGACCGUCAUGGACUCCAAGCACGACUCCGCCGGCGGCGGCAAGCCGCAGCACCACCACCGCAAAUCGACCUGAACCAAUCCAUAGCAAACAAUCGGGCUGCCGCAUGCACGGCGCUAAUUAAUCCGUAUUACUA